AUGGCACCAGCGACAAGGAAACAAGGCGACCGACCUGCAGAGCCUCAGAAUGAAGGCCUAGAAAGCCAAACUGACGUGGCGCAUCCUGAACAAAGGGUGCCAGAAAAUAGCCAAGGAAAUGGCUUGAGCGCACCAACAAAUAUACAGGGCCUUUCCAGGCAGUUGGCACAAGUUUUGUCUAACCCAGAAGACGAAGCGGCACAGGAAUUGAUUACCCUAUUGAGAAGGGUAAUUACGCCCCCAUCUGUCAUAGAUGUGGAUGCACAUGGUGUAGUACAUGAGCAACUGCAAACUGGAGAUCUGCCUAGACAGUCACCUCAACAGGUAUAUACAAAUCCAGCAUUCGAUUCAAAUAUGAAUGUGCACAGUCGACCGUUUGUUGAAGCAACUGCUCUACGGUCCACAAUCAAGCCAACUAGUUUUUACCAGAGUGUCCCAUCUAUAUAUGAAGUUGGUAACAGUAGUGGAAAUGGUCAGAAUCAUGGUUUAAAUUCUAGUCAAAGUCCUCAGGCUGGUUUCACAGGAGUCCAUGUCAUGAAUAAUGGUCAACACAUAUACAAUGCCGCACAAACUCUGCCAAAUCAUGGCAGUUAUACUUAUCAUACUAUGCCAGUAGGACCGAAUAAUGGAAAUAGUGGUCAGUACGUUCACAAUGUGCCAAACAUUGGCAAUGGGAACGGUCAGAAUGGCCCUCUUGCACAACCUUAUGUACCAAAUGUCCUUAGAGCCCCAGAUCCCAUGAAUAUUAAUAGAGCACAAAUAUUAGAAGUCAUCCAAGAUGUGUACGGACCAGGGCUACGCAGGGUGGAAAAACCCAUGUUUAGAAAGCCUUACCCACAUUGGGUUGACAAUGUUCCUUUGCCAAGAGGGUAUAAAUUGCCUGAGCUUUCACUUUUUAGUGGUACAGAAAAUCAGUCGACAAUUGAACAUGUAGGACGGUUUUGUCUACAGUUAGGAGAACUUGGCUCUGAUGAUGUUUUUAAGUUAAAAUUAUUCCCACAUUCAUUAACUAAAACAGCAUUCACAUGGUUCAUAAGCCUGCCUGCAAAUUCUAUCCAUACGUGGCAAGAUAUGGAAGAACAAUUUCAUGCUCAAUAUUUUAGACAUGAACCAGAGGUCUCAAUUGCCGACUUGGCUAAGUUAAAGCAGAAGCCAAAUGAAACGGCAGAACAGUUUUUAACUAGAUUUAAGAGAUUAAGAAACCAAUGUCAUUGUAAUGUGCCAGAGACCGAGAUAGUUCGAAUAGCUCAAGAUGGUCUCGAGUUUAAUUUUAAAAAGCAGUUCAAUGGAUCUAAUUUCAAAGAUCUGUUUGAGCUCUCCAUGAGGGCAUCUCAGUUUGAAGCUAUUUUACAAGAAGAAGAGCUUUUGAGGAACACGUCUCUAGGAACAUAUUACCAAGAUGUGGAAGGUGAUAUUGAGAUUGAUGUAGCGCAAGUCAUUGGAAAGACCCCUAUAAUUUGUGACACUUUGGUUAAAACAGAAAAACCAAUGAAUAUGCCUUCAUCUCAACCCAAUAGGCGUGGGGGGCAAGCAAAUUAUAGACAAUAUUCGUUUGAUUUGGCACAAGCUGACCAAAUAUUUGAUGAAUUGUUGAAACAAAAAUUUGUUACUUUGAGUCCUGGGCAUAUUAUUCCUUCUGAUAAGGAUAGAAAAGGAAAAGAAUAUUGUAAAUGGCACAAUUCAUUUAGGCAUAAUACUAACAACUGUGUUACAUUCCGAAAUUGUGUGCAGGACUUGAUCCAGAAGGGACUGUUGCAGUAUGCUAAAGGCGACAAGGAUCCCAUGGGAAUUGAAUCCAAUCCUUUUCCCAAGAUUGAAGUGAACAUGGUGACGGCCGGCCUAGCCAAAAGGCUAGGUUCCAAUGUGACGAAACAAAAGCAGGGGGAGGAGGAUCACAUGCAGACUGAAGAAGAGUCAGCAAAGUCUCAUACCUCUAGAUUCCCAAACGACUACCUCUGCAUUAGGUGUGGGCAUGAAGUCCAGUAUGGGGAAGCAAUUAUAGCAGAAAAAGAUCAGAGAAGUGCAUUCUCCAAGUCCGGACUGAGGUUCAACACAAUGGGAGGAAAUGACCUUCAAAUUUAUGUGGGAGCCAAACUGAUUUAUGAAGGUAUAGAUCCGGGGCUCUUUAACAGAAUAGAGUCAGAGCAUUGCUAUGGGCCAGAUGAUGGACCAUUUUUAUUCAGGGGACAUCCAGUCGUGCCUGCAAGGCCUGGGGUGCCUUCUUGCCAAGAUCUUGAGGCGGCGGGGUACCAAUUUCCUAAUCAGAGGAGAUACCCUAGUCAAAGGGGUGUUGGUUUCAGAAGAGAUACUGGACCACGAGGUAGAGGACCUUAUGGACGUGGAUGGCACCAACCUAGGAUGGUAAUGCCACCCAAUAAUGAUCACGAGGAAUGGAGCACGCUUAGCCAUCCAAAGUUCCCAGCAGAGGGUUGGUACACUAAGGUAUCCAGUUCACAGAAAAGAAGGCUUCAAAGGAAGUUUGCAGCCAGGGCUUAUGGUGACCCAUGGGACCAUGUGUUCGAACCAAGAGAGAGAUUGGAACCAUCAAAGGUUCCAAACAUGGUAUGGACCCGGGAUCAAGGAGAAACUAGUGGCCCAAAGCAGAUAAUUCAAAAGCAUGGGGGGCAAGAGAGUAGUGCUACAGAUCCUCCCCAGUCGACUGCCCAACUGAAGGGUAAAAAAGAAUUGAAGCAGAGCUUAAAGAAGAAAAUGGAGGAAUUCCAGAAGCUCAUGGAGGCAGAUGAUGAUGAUGAUCUCUUUGACGAAGGGUCAGAACAGGAAGACCUGAUCAAAGAUGCGUCACCGUCUCCACAGAGAUCUGCAACAUUUGGAGAAAGCCUGGCCGCAAUCCAAUUCGGGCCUUGAUCUUUCUAAAGCAAGAAGAAGCAGCGGGAAUGGAGGUCUUUUGGGCAGACCGACAUCCAUUCAAAGCAGAGACUAACAACGUAGAAGCAGAUCUCUACAACGAACAUUUGUGGCCAACAAGAAUAGAAGACUCAGAAGUCAGAUCUAAUCAAGUUGGAGUAACUGAGAGCCAAUUCCUCAAAUACAUCAAGGAAGGGUUCCAGGAGCUGAGCAAAGAUUUUAUCAGGCCUAACAUUAUUUCAAGGCCUGCCAAGAUUGAUCAACAAGUUUUUAAUGUUUAGAAACCUAUUGAACACAGGGUGUGAAGAUUUGGCUACUGUGAAAGCCACUUUUAAAAGGUUGUUUUCUUUUCUUGUUGACAGAAAAUUGCAGGCAGAUGAGCCUAUUUCUUGUAAUUGGGCUGAGUGUGUUUUUGAUGAUAGCCCUCUAAACAUGAAAGAGUUAGGAUUAGCAGACCUGAAACCAGCACCAGCUAAGCUAGAUGAUGACGGGGCCCAAGUAAAGGAUCCCACAGAAGAAGUCAACUUGGGAACUCCAGAAGAUCCUAAGAUCACAUAUGUAAAUGCUGCUUUGCCUAUUGAAAUAAAGGAAAAGUUU